CACAACUUAAAUAUCAACUUCAAAAUACAAUCCUAUUACUGACGACUUGUAUAAAACUCAAGUCAAGCUACACUCAAGUCGUCAAACAAAAAGCCUCGUUGGCUAGAGGAGUCUCCAAUUCAACAAUCAUAAAUCCCUACAUCUAUGGAUUACAAGAUAUUGCACAAAUACAAAAAUACAAUCAUAUUGUGUCAUUGUCAAAUCAAUUAGACACUAUUACAACAAUCAACUUAUACAAACCAAUUACUAAAGUCUGCACACUUCUUGAACAUAAGUUUCCAGAACCCCCUCAAGCAUGGCCAUAA